AUAAAUUGAUAGACAGAAGCUAAAACAACCUACCAAAGUUGCCUUACGUGCCACUUUUAUUGCUUGCCAUGGACACCAGUAUUUAGGGCCUUAUGCUCCUCCGUAGUGCCUUUUCUCUUAAUAUCUCUCUAACUUUCAGGUUCCUUGAACAUGGAGAAUUAGAGGUAUUUGGUUAAUAUCCAUUUGAUAUAUAGAGCUCAUAUAAGGGGUUGUCUUCGUCUUGAGAUUUGAGCUUUUCAGCUUGGAUUUGGGAUUCUGUUGCCGUGAAAUAAAAGUUUUCUACAUUAGUAAACAAUAUGGUUUUAGCUUCUCAAGCAAUGGAAAACAUUUCUGAACUUGUUAAGGAACAUGAUCAGAUGGAUUUGCCCCCUGGAUUCCGCUUCCACCCAACUGAUGAAGAGCUUAUUUUUCACUACCUGUACAAGAAGGUUCUUGAUAUCAACUUCUCGUCUAGAGCUAUUGGAGAUGUAGAUUUGAACAAGUCUGAACCCUGGGAAUUGCCAUGGAAAGCGAAAUUGGGAGAGAAAGAAUGGUACUUUUUCUGUGUGAGGGACAGAAAGUACCCAACUGGUCUCAGGACGAAUAGGGCAACUGAAGCUGGUUACUGGAAAGCCACAGGGAAAGAUAAGGAGAUCUACAGGGGAAAAUCCCUGAUUGGAAUGAAAAAGACCCUUGUUUUCUAUAAGGGUAGAGCCCCUAAAGGAGAGAAGAGCAACUGGGUCAUGCAUGAAUACAGACUGGAGGGUAAAUUCUCCGUCCACAAUCUCCCUAAGACGGCUAAGAAUGAAUGGGUGAUUUGCAGGGUGUUUCAAAAGAGUUCAGCUGGGAAGAAAAUCCAUAUUUCAGGACUAGUGAGAUUAGGCUCUUUUGGCAAUGAAUUGGGUCCUGCGGGUCUACCACCACUGAUGGAUUCUUCACCUUACAGUGGCAAGACAAAACCUUUAGCAGAAUCUUCCUACGUGCCCUGCUUCUCCAAUCCCAUUGAUGUUCAAAGAAAUCAACAAGAAUCCAUUGAUAGUUUCAACAACGAUCUUUUUGCAGUUUCUUCCAACCCUGCAGAUGUUUUUCCACAGAUUCCACUUGCAAAUUCAUUCUACUCUACUCAUGCUGUCCCAUUCUCAGCAAAUUUACAGUACCCAGGUUCUGUUUUAAUGCAAGACCACUCAAUUUUAAGGGCUUUGUUUGAGAACCAAGGAUCAAACUGGAAGCAGAGUUUCAAAACAGAGAGGGAGAUGGCCAGUGCCUCACAAGAAACAGGCCUAACCACGGAUAAGAACACUGAAAUCUCUUCUGUCAUUUCAAAUAUUGAAAUAGGAAGGAGGGCAUUUGAUGAUCAUCAAGAGGCUCCUUCUACAUUAGCUGGGUCAGUAGACCUUGCCUGUCUAUGGAAUUAUUGAAACUGAGUGGGCAGGCAUUAGAAAGCGAUUGUCGAGUGGAAGAAAAAGAAGAAGAAGAAUAGUUGGAAUUACUAGUAUUAUAUUGAAAAGAAGUGGUUGCUCUGUGUAUAGAUUUGUUGAAAGAAAGUGAAGCAAAAUCAUGAUAUUAUAUGUAGUAUUUGUAAGAAAUUACAAUAUGAACUCCUUUUUUUAACUGUUUUAAUUUGAAUCUAAAUUUGUGUUA